AUUUGUUUCAAUUCAGUUGCCACAUUCAAUUUUUGCACCUCUCUUAUUUAGUCUAGGGAUAUUAACAUCGUCUUUUGGUAAUUGGCAUGUGUUUAGCAGAGUUCAAUCCCCUUGCCUAGGCGUCCGAACUCAUUUGUAGCAUUUGAGAGAGAUAUGUGACAUUUGCUUAAAUAACACAAUGCCCAACUCUUAUUUACUCAGUCGUUGUGUUUCUCUUUAAAACCUUUCUUGAACCUCAGUGGAACAGAAAUCAGGGGAAAAUGGGUCUGGGAAAUCUGAAGCAAUUGACACCUUUUGUCAAAGAAGCAUUUCAACAAACACUACUCGUGGCCAAGUUCCUCUGUGGUCUUCAUGUCACCAACACCUACCUCUGCACCUUCGCUCUCACUCAAGGUCCAAGCAUGCUUCCAACGUUUAAUCUGACUGGAGAUCUCGUUUUGGCCGAAAGGCUUUCGACUCGGUUUGAGAAAAUGCAACGGGGCGAUGUGGUGCUAGUGCGGAGCCCCGAAAACCCGAGAAAGAUUGUGAUCAAGAGACUCAUGGGUAUGGGUGGUGAUACUGUUAAAUAUAUUGCGGGUCCUGGGAAUAAUGACAAAGAACAUACUAUUGUGGUACCAGAUGGACAUGUUUGGAUUGAAGGGGAUAACAAGUUUAAUACCACUGAUUCAAGGAAAUUUGGACCUGUUCCUUAUGGACUUGUACAGGGCAGAGUCUUUUGGAUUGUAUGGCCUCCUGAAGAUUUUGGAUCAGUAGGACGAGAAGUACAAUAAUUUAACCUUUUAAGCAAAUACGUACAGCAGUUGACAUUACUUGUGAUCUUAGUCAAAGGCCGGAUAAGUAUGUUUGGCAUGCACUGUACUCAAAAGUACUAACCAGAGUAUCUCUUGCCAUAAAGACAAAGCAGUGCGCUGCCACCUAUUAUAUGGUCCAUAGUAUCAGAUCUUUUGCAUAACCAGGAGAUUGAACUAGACAUUUUCUAGACUUCAGCAAGGUUAGCAGGUAUUCGUGGAGCAUAUGUCAUGCCUGACAAGUAUGGUUGACUGAACUGUUUUUCUGCACUAGAUAUUUAGAAGCUGGUAUGUAUCAGAAAUCUCAAAUGCAACACAGAAUGGCUUGAUAGUUAUAGGUACUUGGAGUAGAUUGGGAUCUUUAUGAAACCAGUUGGCUAUUCAAUUUACUCACGGUAGGAAGGGUCCUCUGAUUUGGUGUGCAUGAGUGUAAGACAAAAACGUCUUGGAAUGGACAGUAGCAACUAUAGCCAAUCUUUUAUGUUAUGCAGGGUAUGUUUUUAUGCUAGCGGAUACUAUGAAAUACUACUGAUUUUAGAUAAUUGUAAGAAAUAUAUUUUUGCAUAAACCAUUUUGUGCUGGAGAUAAAAGUAUUUUAUGCUA